AUGCCCCCUCACAUCCCAGCAACGCUCCAGGUUCUGCUGCUGUCCGCAAUGCUCUCCUCUCUGCCCCCUCCAGCUCUGCCCAGAUUCAUACCCACCAGAGGAUGGUCCACAGAGAACUGUCCCCCGUGCCAGGUGGGACGCUGCCCUCCAGUUCCCCAGCGUUGCCCGGCUGGCAGGGUGACAGAUCACUGUGGCUGCUGCUGGCAGUGUGCCAAUGUGGAGGGGCAGAUGUGUGACAUGCCCUGGCAGAGACACCACCUGGGGACCUGCGGAGAGGAGCUGCAGUGCCGGGUGAAGGCUGGGCACAGCGAGGAGCCACAGUGUGUCUGCUCCACUCAGGAGAGUGUGUGUGGAACCGACCGCAGGACAUACAGGAACCUCUGCCGCUUACAGGAGGCCGCCCGGAUGAAGAGGAGGGUGACGCUGAGGCUGGCACAUAGAGGCCCCUGCCAGGAAGCUCCCGUCCUCCUGAGUUCUCCGCGGGACGCUGUGGCUGUGGCCGGUCAGACUGUGAUUCUGGGGUGUGAGGUGUCUGCACAGCCCAUUGCUGAGCUGCAGUGGAAGAAGGACGGGGCCGAGGUGCCGCUCCCGGGGGAUAAGAGGCAUGUCAUUGUACAGUCCCGUGCGGGUCCUCAGAGGCAUCAGGUGACCGGCUGGUUGCAGAUAACUCACGUUAGACUGAGGGACGCUGGGUUCUAUACCUGUCAGGCAUGGAACAUGUUUGGAGAAGUGUCUGCGUCAGCAAAAUUGCGCGUCAUUCCGCCCGACUCCCCAUUGGCCUCGGAAGUCUCUCCUCACCUUGUUGGGGUGUUUGAUGUGACAGAUGACGAAGAUGACCUGUCAAGCGAAGGUUCCUCUGGGUCACAUGAGUGAGGCUGGA